CCUAGGCUUCUCUUUCCCACAGGCGCCUGCAGUGUUUAGAUGCUCGUGUCUGAAGAAUGCGGAAGAUACGUAGUGUUAAAGAUCCUCCUAAAAGUUAGAUAUUGCAAAGCAUUUGACCAUAAGUAACGUUUGAGUUGGGGUUACUGGGAAGGAGAUACUUCAGCAAGAGUGUUCCAAUCAAACAAGCCCAGCACAAUGAGAUCUCCAAGAGAACGGGUUCUUAGGUUUAGCCUUUUGCUUUUGAAAUCUAUUGAACUGAAAUUAUUUCUAAAUCUUAGUAAAUUCGGCUGUCGCAGCUUUGAGAAUACGAGACCAGUCUUUUAAAAUCAGAACAAAAGUUUAUCUAAUUCAGUGGCUUGUUUCCAGCGCCAGGCGGUCAGAUGCCUAUGAAACUUUAACAAGCCUUUCCUUGCUUAUGUCCCAUCACCUGAUAUUCAUAUUGUCUCUAUACACAGAGGUUCUGUUUGGGGUCCAUGUUGAUAUUAACCUCUGCUGGUGAACCUUGACAGUCUCCAUUGCAAUAUCCAACUUGGCAAUUCCUGAAUUUUGUGCCUAAAAGUUUGGUAAUGGUAAAUGUAAUUGAAAUAGCCUGUGACUGAAAUGCUUUAAAAAGUUAGACUAGAUGCAAGAAUGCAAAUAUUUUGUUGUAUGUAGCAUUGUGCUGGCUUUUUGAAUGGUGACAUAUAUAUAUAUAUAUAGUAUUGUUUAAUGUGCAGAAAUAUGUAACAAACACAGUGUGCAUGUCUUACAUAUCGUGCAAGUGGUACUCCAUCAACUGGAUCUGUGGCAGCCAUGAGAAAAUGCCAGCCCUUGCUGAUCAUUCAAGACAGAAACUGUAUGUAGGCUGUUUUCUCUGUGUGCAGGUGGUUUCUUACUGCCCUUGCAUCACAGUUGGAUGUGCCUAGAAUUUGCUAUGGGCUGAAUGUUUCCUUAAGGCUGCUACAGGCUGUUCACCAUGCACCUCUUUGGUCUAAGCAGUAACUCUGAUCUAAGCCAUAACUACAGCAAGAUUGUGUUGGAGGCAUCACAACAGAGGCAAAUAUUUCUGUGAGUGACACAAACAACGCUUGCUGUGCUUGCACCUCCCUCACACAUCAAGUAUGCUUGAAAGCUUCCUAGAAUGAGAAGCCUUGAGUAGAGUUCCAGUUUGUUGUGACUUCUGCAAAGUGAUGCUUUGUGUAAACAGAUGUCUGAAGAAAAAUGUUGAAAGCAGAUUUGAAUGAGCAUUCACAUGGGCAAUGAAGGUAGUAUCCAUCUGGAAUAGCAGGGAGCAUGGCCACCCUCCUACAUGAUGCUGUUAUGAAUCCAGCUGAAGUGGUGAAGCAGCGUAUGCAGAUGUACAACUCUCCAUACAAGACCGUCUUGGAGUGCAUCAGGACAGUGAAAAGGACUGAGGGGUUGGGGGCCUUCUACCGUAGCUACACCACCCAGCUCACCAUGAACAUCCCGUUCCAAGCCAUCCACUUCAUCACCUAUGAGUUCAUGCAGGAGCAGAUCAACCCCCGGCGGCAGUAUAACCCUCACACGCACAUUGUCUCAGGGGCUGUUGCUGGAGCUGUUGCCGCAGCAGCCACAACUCCUCUGGAUGUGUGCAAGACUCUCCUCAACACUCAGGAAAACGUGGCCUUGAGUUCUGUGAACAUCAGUGGACACCUUUCAGGAAUGGCCAAUGCGUUCAGAACAGUUUACCAACUGGGAGGUGUUGCUGGGUAUUUUAAGGGGGUUCAAGCACGAGUGAUAUACCAGAUUCCUUCGACUGCCAUUGCCUGGUCUGUGUAUGAAUUCUUCAAGUACUUCCUUACAAAGCGUGAGGCAAACAAAAAAACACCAUGUUGACAAAGCUGACACUGUGGCAUUGGCCCAGAACUGCCAAGACGGACAUGUUGCGUGCAGAUUCUCCAGGCCCUGCUUGUCAAUUGAGGAGGUUUCUGGUAGAUUCAUCGCUGAGUUCUGUCUUAGAUGUUACGGAAGUUCAUUUUCUCUCUCCUCCCCCCCCCCCCCGGCUUUUUGGCUAAACCAAAUUGUAUAAGGACAAUUUUAAAAAAAAUAACACAAGUAUUUAUAAUUUUAUUUCAGUUGAUAAACUGUGAUACAGAGUUGUUUUUUCACUGGAAUGCUUUUGAGUGCCCAGAGAGAGAUUUCUGGGGGAUUGCUUAAAAAAACACACACACACAAAGAUUAUAAAGCCUUUAAUUGAACAAAGUUUUAUAUAGAGAAAUUGUGUAAUAUAAAUAGAUGGAUAAUAUUUAUCCUUUAUUUUUCUAUGUAGUUAGCUGGGUGACCUGCGAAAUGUGGCGGCUGAUGACGAUGGAGGGUUUUUUAAGUGAUUAUUUUUCCAUAAUCAGUAGCACCAUUGCUUGUUUUUUCUGAACAAGGUUUUUAGCUCAGUAUUGGUGGUGGCAGUGAAGUUCUCCAUCCCACAAAGUGCUUAGUUGCGCAAUCAUAACAUCCAGCUUUAAGAGAUCUUGAUGCUACCAAGACCCUGAAAACCUCAUUCCUACAAUUGUGUCAAGAGCAGCAGCCACUUUUCGAAAUCUCUUCCAGCUGUUACCGUGUCAGAGCAGAGAACUACUUAUUAUUCCAAGCAUAUUUUUUUAGGAAAACACUUAAGGGUACAUUAAAAACAAGUCUCUGUUUCUUUAGCAGGUUCUGUGGCUUUUAAUUUAUUCCUUCUCAUUAAGCCCCUAGGCCUGCCUCACUUGCAUGCGCAAAGAGGUCCGUUGCACUAGUGCGUAUAAAUUAACACUGACUGGCAAGUGCUUGCAGGAACGGGGUAUCAGUUUACAUUUCUGAAGAAAGCUCAAAUUGAAUUGCUUAGUGUGUGUGUGUGAGUGCGCGCGUGUGUUUUAAAAUCGACUGACCAGGCAAGGCAGCUGUUAGCUGCAAAGCAAUGCAGCAGUCAUGCCUUGGGAAACAGAAGCCUUAAACAGGAGGAAAUAAAAUUAAAUGCUGUUCCAAGCCCAAAGUCUGCACUAUUUGCUGUUAGCCAUCUGACCUGUAUAAAUGAAGGUGUGUUGAAGGGGUUUUAGUUCUUGUGUGAUAGCUUUGCUGUGAAACCUUAUGCUUUGCGUGGUGUCCCGUGGAAGGACUGAUCAACUUAGAGUGCAGUUUCCUCUCCACCCUGUGUAUGUAUGCAUGUUUUUCUUCAAGCAGGGAUUGGGUCUGGAUGCUUCCAUGGCCCCCCUCCUCUUUUUGCUAAUUUCCCAUUCUUCAGGAAAAUGAAAAUCUAGAGUGAUAAUGUAUGCAAGUCCUGGAAUUAAACCAAACAAAUGUAUGUGGGAGAAAUUGCAGCGUGCUGUUUUUCAAAAUGUGUUUGCUUCAGGUUGCAUCUGAUACAGGACUCCUGCUAUUAUGUGCCCCCCCCCCCCGCCAUGUAGGUUCACUUUUCCAUACUGUGAUAUCAUGACACCAAAUCUAGUUUAGUCCCUAGUUCUGCAUCCUUGAUUGCUGCUUAUGGAUGGACAUGGAUGGUGUAAUAACAACAUUGGGUGAGCAGUCCAGUACAGAUCGGGGGCAGGGGUGUCUUUACAGAGAAAUCCUGUGUUAAGGGAGAAAAAAGACUGGUUGAGUAAAACAUAAUUCUGCCCUGAGGCUACUGCUAAUCUAAAAAUCCUAAAUUGACAAAGGGAAAUGUUGUCUGGAGUCAUCCUAACACUAAUGAGAUUGUAAAAUGAAUUGACCUAUUGCUUCCACAUCCACGUUGACGAGUUCUACUCUGAAAGAGUAAUUUGCUAUCGCCAAGCAGGCAAGCACUAUUAUACCUGCAAACUGUUUGCCAUUAAUAACUUGUUCAUAAAGUACACCAGGCAGUUCCCCCCCCCCAUCCCCUCACUUGCAUCUUUUAUUUUUAGAUUGUGUACAGUUGGCAAAAUUGUUUUCCAGGGGUGUGUGUGCACACACGAGUCCAAAGAAAGGUCUGUUCCUUACAUGAGUCUUACAACACCUCCUCUCCAAAGACAUUUUUGAAUUUGCAAGGUAUCACUUGAAUUGUUAACUGAUUUUAUCAUAUCUUUUUCUGAUUUUUUCAGCAGAUAGAUACGGAACAGAAAGGUUAUUGUUGCCAAGCACUAAAAUUAAGGCAAAAUGGUGUUUUUUUUAAGUGAAUGGCUUUCAUGCAACUGAAGGAUUUUAUUUAUGCUGGGUACUACAUGAGUCUAGCUGCAGAGAUUCUUCUGCAAGGUAUUUAUUUUCUGACAUACUGCCUUUGGCAUUGAGCACCAGCCUGUAAAUGCAGAAUACAGUCUAUAAGCAAAGAACUCUAGCAUUCGCACAAUUCCUUGGCCUUGAAUGAUUUUUUAAACGAGCAAUUGUUGCCAUGUGAGGUUAUAAACAGGGUUACCAAAGUAUCCUGCCUUUGAAAUUUCAUUUGGCUGCACAAAUGAAAUGACUGUGAGAUCUGAAUGUCUGUGUAUUGGGGCCUGCUGCCUCAUCUUUAUUGAAUUUAAAAUAGACAUUAAAUUGACAAAUGGGAUUUACUUUUCAGUCUCUUUAGAUCCAGCCGAUCUUGGUAUUGUAACUUUUCAAAGGGUCUAGGCAGAAAGAUGUGUCUGAAGAUCCAGGCAAGAAUUUGUGUUUUCAAAAUAUACCUUGCUUUGAGGACUGAAUUUGUGCCUGUUUUUAUAGACAAACUAGCCAUCAAGAAACAUACUAAAAUUCUUGUACAUUAAAAAAAAACCCUUGCACAUCAGGGAGUAUCACCCUAACAUGCUAAGUCUUCCAUGUGUGAGGAGUUUUUUGUUUUUGAAAGCCCAAGAGCUUGACCAUACCCAGCAGACCUUUUGUCUGCCUUUGAACAGGUGGUCUUGAGGCUUUAUCAUAACCUGCUUUUCAAAGUCUUACCAGUUUCUGUAGCAAUUUGCCAAGUGGCAUGGGACCGGAGGAAGAUGCUCUUGAACAGAUGUAAACCCUAAAUUGCCUUCAUUGCACAGAGCUGGUUAUGUGGUUCUUUGGCAUUCAACCCAAGUCCCAGUGCUGCUUCAUGUGAAGUACAUGGUGUAAGGAACUGCAGCUAUUGUGUACUAUGUUAUUAAUCACAACAUGUUUUAGCAUGUAUGAAGUUGCCUUCUAUAUGGUUGGGAAAAGGCCCAUGCAAAAAUCUGUACAGAAAAUCUUCCUGUUGCCAGUUUAUAUGCUAGACUGGGUUUUAUUUGCAUUGGUGAUAAGAUUCAUGAACAGUGCAUAAGGUUGGUUGUUUGGGAUGCAAGCUGUCAAAGUGUUUAAUCCCUCGAAUGUGUGUGCAAGUCCAUAAGAGACUGGUAAGUGUUGGUGAUCUGCAGACAUUGCCUUAUGCUGUGUUGCUUGCACUAACAAUUGUACUAGAAGUUCAAAAAUUGGCUGAAAGCAGCUGGACAGAACUGUUCAGUUGAAAGACCUCUGUCUAGUACUUCUGAGGGCUGAAUGUCACGUGACACUGACAGAUCUGUGACACAUACUGCCAAAAUCAUCUGCAAAGUGAGCAAUUGAAAGCGCUUUUGUUAGAGUUGAGCGGAAAGUUUCCCAGUGCUUUAAAAAAAAAAGUGCUAGUGACUUAAUUCAUGAUUGGAAUGUGUGUCCCAUAAAAGAAAAUAUUGCAAAUUGGUAAAAGAACACAGCACAAAAAGGAGCGAGGGAUUCAAAAUUUUCACCAUUUCCUUCCCUUUACUACCUGGCAGUCUCUAUUUUGGUGGUUUUUCCUUAAUUAGAAUUUGAUCCUGGAAGUUCAUCUGGUUGGGUGGGUAAGGGAUGAAUCAGCAUCCUCACCCAUGUACUACUUUUGUAUUUAAAUCGCACUGCUGUUUUUACACUUUCCUGGGACAGACCUACAUUUGAAGAUGGGUCUGCUACUGUGGUCCUGAGAAUGGGAAGCUGAAUAGAAAUUGGGGCCUUAACUGCACGACACUGUAUAGAGGUCUACCUACCCUGGGUCCUCUUGAACCAGAUGUGAGCUGGGAGUCUAUUGAAAUUUAGUUUGCAGGCAUAUGGGGGCUCGGUUCAGAUUGGGAAUGUGGGGAAGGGGCUUAAACCUCUUUUGUUCUGAUAGCUUGUUCUGAAAAAGCCCUAGGGAGUCACUGUCCUGUUGGGGCAAACUUCCAUCAGUAUACAAAAGUUUCUCUAACAUUUCUCAUAGUUUUCAGGUCUGGAAAAUGGUGCUGGUUCUUAAACCCCUCCUCUCCGUGCACUGCCAUCCUAGUCCGAAUCAGGCCUCUGCAAGGAAAUAGUGUAACAGGCCUUUAGUCUCCUGAAAUACUUACCCACAAUGUGCCAGGUUGGAAAUGUGAUUUGUUUUCUAGAUCUUGGGAUCUUUUGUCAUCUUAGUGAUUUCUUAGUAUUUUUUUAAUGAAGCACCUGGAGAGGAAUUCUAGUAGUCCAAAGUGGAUUAUUGCAGUUUAACUCUGCAUAUGUGACACUUCUGUUUCUUUCUAAUGGAUACUUAUUAAUGUAUAACUCCUAGAUUGUCAGUUCGAAGCACACCUUCUAAAGCCAUGUCAAGGUGCGCCUUGUCUUGGCUGGGAAUUCUUUGCUAAGACAUGAAAACAGACCAUUUAAUAAAAUGUACUUGAAAGGUCCUUUGCGGGGGGAAACACACUUAGAUGGAAGCACAUGCAUGGCUGCUUUGUCUGCUGCAAACGCACAUUUUUUUUUGGAUCAGGAUUUUUUUUAAGUUUGCUGUUUUUAAAAUUGCCUUUUUAUGAAUUUACCAAUGUAAACUUCAAAGAAUGUUUGGCAGAAAGGCGAAUUUCUGAAAUGCUGCUACAGUUAAAACACUGGAGCUUAUGAAAUAAAAGGUGAUCUGUUUGCCAGAA